AUGGAGCUUAAGAAAAAUAAGAGGAAUAAAAUACACAAUGAAGAUAAUGAAUUAAAUAAAAAAUUGCAUGAAAACAGUGAUAAUCAUAAUAAUAAUUUCAAAAAGUUCAUGUAUUGCAAUGAAUCAGAUGGGUAUAAAAAUACAGACACCAGUUCUAAUAUAUUAAGUAAUACAUAUGAAAAUGUUUAUGAUUAUUUUUCGUCUAACAGUGAAAACAGUGAAUAUAAAUCAAACAACUUAGUAGAAUUCUAUUUAUAUAAUGAAAUUAAUAACCAUAAAUAUAAUAACAAUUUAUAUGAUUUUUAUCUUAGCAAAAUUAAUAAUAAUCUUGAAGAAAAAAAUAAGGUAAACGAGACUAACUUAAACUUUAUCAAUAAAAUUCCUUAUUUAAUAAAAAAGGAAAGCAGUAAAUGGAAAACUUGGAAAGAAAAAAAAAAGCAGGUGGGCGAGGAGGAGGAUAAAAAUUUAAAUCAAAAAAACAAGGAAAAUUGGUUGAUGAAGGAGAAAGAGCAAUGGAAAAAGACAUACUCUUAUAAUAAUAAAAACGAGAAUGUAAAAAAUGUAAAACAAUUAAUGAAGCAGCAUAAUAAUUAUAAUAGCAACAAUGGUAAUAACAACAAUGGUAAUAACAACAAUGGUAAUAACGACAAUGGUAAUAACAACAAUGGUAAUAACGACAAUGGUAAUAACGACAAUGGUAAUAACGACAAUGGUAAUAACGACAAUGGUAAUAACGACAAUGGUAAUAACGACAAUGGUAAUAACGACAAUGGUAAUAACGACAAUGGUAAUAACGACAAUGGUAAUAACGACAAUGGUAAUAAUAAUAAUGCCGUGUAUAAUGUGUCAAGAGAGCUAAUAUACGAUGGUAUAGACAGCGAUGAACAUGUAAUGAAAAAAGUUUAUGAGACAACGAAAAGCAAGAAAACAGAAGAUGACGAAAACGAAAAUGUGGAUAAUUUAUAUUUCAAUACAUUGAUAAAUAAAUGUGAUUACACGAUUUCGUGUUAUAUGUAUAAAAAAACAAGUGCAACACAUAUAUAUAGAAAAAAAAUAUUGAUGUUAAAAAAAAAUUUUUUAAUUACUACUAAAUUCAAACAAAAUAUUAGUGAUAUUUAUAAAGUUGUAGACCCAGAUGUAUAUGAUAUAUCACAUUCAACAUUUAGUAGUAUUUGUAAAAGUUCGAAUAACAUUUAUAAAUUUAGUGUAUAUGCAAAAAGAUUAAGUAGAAACAAUACUAGUUCGUCUUCUACAAACAGUAAUUUUUUUUCCUUAAAAAAAAAAAAUUGUAAUAAAACAUCAAAUGAUGGAUAUAAUUUUAACAAUGAACAAAUUCGCUUAGCAAAUCAUAGUAUCAAUGUCAUUAUCGAAUUAAUAAAUUUAAUGAAAAUUAUUUCUAUAUAUGGUUCUAUAAAAAAGUAUAUGAAAAUUCUAUUUUUUAAAUAUACAAAAAAUACAUUUUUAAAAAAUUUUGAACUAUAUCAGAAUUCACCAAUGUAUUUUAAUCUACUAAAAAAAUUUUAUAAAUCAAUUCAUAGAGGUGUAUAUAAUUAUAUAUAUGUAAAUAUAUUAAAAAUUAAAAACAUUGAAGAAUUAAAAUAUAAUUAUAUAUAUGUAAUAAUUGAUGUAGAUGAGUUUUUGUACUAUUAUAAAUAUGAAUAUAAUAAUGAUAUGUUUAUACCGCUAUUUUCGGAUAAACAAAAUAAAAUAAUAUUUUAUUUUUAUACAGACCUAAAUGUGUACUUAGGACAUUUUAUAUUUUAUAGUUACGAAAUUGAAAAACAUAUAGAUUUUGAUUUUUAUAAAAAAUCGGAGUUGAAUAAUCCGAAUGUAAGAACCGAUUUCUUUUUAUCAAAAAAUAAUAAAUAUAGAAAUAUUUCAUUAUACAGUUCAACAUCUUCUAACAGAACAGACAAAAUAUUUGGCUCAUUUGACAGUAAAACACAUGAGGAAGAAUUAACUGGAUUUUCACUAUUAAAUCAGAAAAAUAUAUUUUUUGAUAAGAAUUAUUUUUUUGUAAGAAAACUGUACAAUGAACAAAAAAAGAACAGUCAAAAAAACAGUAGAUAUAAUAUCUCUGAUUCUAGUGAUAAUAAUUUAUAUGUCCACAUAUUUAUAUAUAAAAGUAAAAAUAGAUUUGAGUAUUUGUUACCUUACCAGAAUACCACCAAUUUGUUGUGUGAUAAUGAAGACUUGGUUAUGUCUAAUAAUAAUUUAAAUAAUAAUUACCAGUUAAUUAAUUUAUUUUUGAAUAAUGUAAAGAGAACUAUGCAAAUAAAAAAUAGAAUUAAUUAUUUUCUCGAUAAGGUGAAUAAUAUAUUUGAAUUUAAAAGUUUUGUUAUUUCUAUUAUUUCCAUUAUAUAUAUUGUUUUUUGUUCCUAUUAUAAAAAUUAUAUACAUAUUAUAAUAUUAUUAACUGCUGCGUUUUUAAUAUAUAUGAAUAACGAGAGGAAUUAUGAUUUUUACAAAAACGUUUUGUAUGAAUUUCCUAUCUUAUAUUUAUUUUUUCCGCAUGAACUAUUGUACAGGAUAUCGAAAAAGUCCAGUUUAUAUCAUUUGCAUACAUUUGUUCAUAUUUUUAUUUUAAACAGAUUUCCAGUUUUUUUUCAGUAUCUUUAUAAAUAUUACAAAUGUAAGUGCAUUUAUUUUUUUGUCUAUACCCCUGCCUAUGUUGGCAAGUACUACGAUAAUUUUUUUUUUACGAAGCAAAAUAACGAACGUAGUAGGGAUAAAUUCCUAGUAGGUAAGGAAAAUAAGAUGAAAAAUUGUAAAAAAAUAAAAAGUCUUCAAUAUUUGCACGAUAAGAAUGAUACAACGAAAAAUGGACACAGGAAGGAUCAUGCGACAAAGUAUACUUCUGUAUUGGAUGGAAACAAAGAUGAUAAAAAUACAGGGAAUAGUAGCAAUAUUAAUAAAGGAAACGCGAACAAUGAUGGAUUAACCUAUAAUGACAAAUUUUUCAAAAACGAAGGUACAUAUAAGGAGAAAGGAAUUAUUGGAAAAUGUGUAAUAGAUAAAAAUGAAAUAACAUGUAAUAAUGGUAGUGUAAUCCAUAAAACGAAUACUAGCAUUGACAAGACCAGUGGUGAGGGAAGCCAUGAUUACAACUGUAAUGACUAUAGCAAUGACAAGAAUGAAGAAGACAAACAUUUAUCUAGUAAUAUAUUGAGUUCUAAGCUACACUAUGAAGAAGAAUUAAAUGCAUACAAUGAUAAGAGGAGAAAUGGUAAAAAUGAAGAAAAUAUGAAUGAAAAAAUUUUCAACAAUUUGAGAAAAUAUUUCAAAAAUAAAAAUGUAAAUCAUAACAAGAGAAAAAAUAAAAUGAAGAAAGGAAAUCAUUCGAAAGAAAAUUAUUCAUGCGAUAUGGCUUAUAAUAAAAAAAGUAUUCAUCUUGAAAAUAGAAAUACGAAUAGUAGUAUUGAAGAGGAUAAUCAACUGUAUAACGGAAUAUUAAAAAAUAACAGAAAUGGUUACAUGCCUAGUGACCAUGUGGAAAAACAAGGGGAAUGCUAUAACCAAGUGGAGUGUGCAAAAUUUUGCAGUUCAGAAAAUCUAAGGUAUUCUUAUUUAAAUAAUAAAAGUGAAAAUUUUAAUUCCUUUAAAUUAAAAAGAAAUUUUUUUGAUAUGAAAAUUGUUGAUGAUGUAUACAAGAAAAAAGGGGAAAGAAAAAUUUUCAGUGACAAUGAGCAAAUAAAAAAUAUACAUGACUAUAUGUCAUGUGCGCGUGACACUUUUUCAAAUAUGGAAAGAUGGAGCUUUUACGACAGGAACAGUUCAUAUAUGUCAAAAUGUGGAAAUAGUAAUAUCGGUAAAAAUAACAGUAUAUAUAACAGUAUAAAUAACAGCAUAAAUAACAAUGUAAAUAACGGUAAAAAUAGCAUUAGAAAUAGUAUUAGAAAUAGAAUUAGAAAUAGCAUUAGAAAUGGCAGUUGCAAAAAUAGCAAUUGCAAAAAUAGCAGUUGUAAAAGUAGCAGUUGUAAAAGUAGCAGUUGUAAAAGUAGCAGUUGUAAAAGUAGCAGUUGUAAAAAUAGAAAAUGCAAAAAUAGCAGUUGUAAAAAGAGAUAUGGUAAUAAUGUCAAUCGUAAUACUAGCUGGUGCAGUAUUAACAGCUGUAGGUGUAAGAAUUUUUAUGAAGAUAGACAAAAAUUUCCAGAGGAUGUGAAUAUUAACGAAAUUAUACUAGAAGAUUUGGAAAACAAAAUUACCAAUAACAUGAAAAAUAAUUAUUACGAUUCAGGUAAAAAUGAACAAACUGCGAAAGCAAACUAUAAUGAAAAAAAUAUAGAUGAAAUGUUGGUUAGAAAAUGCUUUAAUGAAGAUGAAUUUUGUUUCGAAAUAAAUAAUGAAAAAUACCGGAUAGAUUUAAGUCUGCAUGAAAGUAGAUUUGUUCAUAUGCAUAAAUCAGGCCACUAUAAUAAUAGUAACAACAAUAUUGGCUUUUCUACGAAGGAAAAUUUUAGACAUAGGAAUGGGAAAGCUGCAAAUAGAAAAACCACUUACAGAAAAGUUACACAUAGAAACUAUACACGCAGCAGUGAAGAAUGCAACGUGAACAACACAAAAGACUCCUUUUUCAGCAUUGUUGAAUACUUUCCUAAUUACUUUUAUAAUACAGUAGAAACAUUAUAUAUUAACAUAAUAUUAAUUUUUAUUUAUGUGUAUUGCCUUUUUAUUAUAACAGUCCAUGGGGGGUUAAACAAUGAUUUUCCAUUAUAUUUUUAUUUCUUAAAUAUGAAAAAAAAAAAAUCAAAAAAAACUAAAAAAGUGAAGGAAAAAAAAUAUGAUUCCUCAGAACAUUAUGAAGAAAAUGUUAAAGUGGACACAAGGAAAAAAAAUGAGGAAAAAAAUUAUACCUCCAAUUUUUUAUUUAAAUCAAAACGCAUAUUUAAGAAUUGGAAACAGAGAAGAAAAUCGAAUAAAAAGAAUAUAAAGCUUAACAUAAGUAAAAAUGUAUCAGUUGAAUCUAAUGAUAUGAAAAAUAAUUAUCAUUUUGAAAAUAAUAUAGAUUCAAUAUUUCUUGAUAAAGGAGAAGGCGAAAAUAAAAAAUUAACAGAUAACAGCGAAGCAUUUGAAAAAGAUGAAAAAGAAAACCUUAAUAAAAAAUGGCAUGAAAAUGAUGAAAAAUUAACAAAUUAUAACGUCAUUAAUAAAUGCAGUGUUACUGAUAAGCAUUCAAACGUAGAUAUAAAUAUAUUGUGUGAUUUUUGUGAAAAGGAAAAAGAAAGGAAAGAAAACGAAGAAUGGGGGGUUUCAAACGUUAAGGACCAUAUUGAUAUAAUCAGCUGUAAUAUCAAAGAGGAGAAAGAUAUGCAGAGCUAUUUUACCAAGGGUGACUACACCAAUAGAAUCAGUAGUAACGUCGUGAAUAGCUAUGAGGAGAAUGAUAUGGACAGAUGCUACUUAAACAGGUAUAGUGAAUAUAAUAUAUACAAUCUUAAUGUAAGCAGUUACAAUAAUGAUAAUAAUUAUAAUUCGUUUUGUAAAUGGUGUAAGGCAAAAUCCUUUGAGAACGUGAACAAUAGUUUAUAUAAAGAUGAAUUUAUAUUCGAUAAGACAAAAUUUUCUCUAAAUAAUAAUAAAUUUUUGAAACCCAAAUAUUUUUCAAUGAGUGAACUAAGAGAUCACUGUAAGAAUAAAUUUAAAGAAUUUAACUUUUUUUCAAAUGAUAAUUUCCAUAAAUAUUAUGAUGAAAAUGAUGCAACUAAUGGAAAAUUUUCGAUGUUAUAUGUAGAUGAUGAGAAAAAAAAAAAAAGUAUAAACUUUUUUAACAAAUUAAAAGACAUAAAAGAAGAAAAAAUUAUCCAAAUUAAAAAUAUGUACAAAUCCGAAAAGAAUAAUAAACGCUUUAAAAAAGGUUUGCGUAUUUUAAAAAGAAAAAUUAAUAGUGAAGUUGUUAAGUAUAACUUUUAUAACAACAAAGGAAGGAACACUUCAUAUGAAGAUCAAAAUAGAGGAGAAAAAAAAGGUAUACAAAGUAACCUACAGGAAUUUGACACCAAUGUAAAUAUAAAAGAGCUAAACUAUAUGCAGAAUUUGUUUGCUUCUAGAAUGGGUGCAGGCAGAGAAGGUGACUACAUGAACAGUACUGAUAAUACUGGUGCUAAAGAUAAUAAUAUUAGUGUUAAUAAUAAUUAUUUUUACUAUGACAAUCUAGAAGAAUAUAUCUAUGCAAAGAAGAACAAUGAAGACAUAUAUGUUAAUAACACUCCAUACGUAAGAAACUAUCCUGAUUAUAAAAGCUGUGAUAAUAGUAAAAAUUUUGUUAGAAAAAAUAGUUUUAUCGAGAAACGUUUUCUUUCAAACACUUCUACAUAUAAGGAGGGAAAUUUUGAUAUGAACAGAAAUAAAAGAAUGACACUGAAUUUAAAUUUUAAUAAUUAUGAAAAAUGGGAAUCUGAUUAUGCUAAAACGAAUUUUGAUAAAAGUAUUCCAUUAGUUCAUGAAAAAAAAAUUCUAUACAAUGAAUUAAUUAAUUCUAAAAGUAAGAAAAUAAAAAAUAAAAUUAUUUCUUAUAUGAAGAGCAAGGCGAAUAAGGAACAGAAACAUAAAUUUGGUGCAUUUGUUCACAUUAAGGGCACGGACAGUAGCAUAUUGAACAAUGAAAUAUACAUAAAAGAUAUUAAUAAGAUUAAUUUAAUGGGUUUUAAAGAAAGAAUAUUUUCUAAAAAUCCUAUGGAAGAAAAUGUUCAUAUACAAAAGGAUAAUGAUAUGUCCUUUUUAAAAAUUAGUGAAGACUUCCAAAAUUUUAAGAAAAACAGUGAAAUAAUUAAUUUAACACUGGAUCAUAAUGAAGAAAGAAGUUAUAAUAUAAAUGUAAACAGAUCAUUUACAAGAUGGAGAGAUAUACGUACACAAAAUCGUGAUUAUAUAAAGUUUCUUAGGAGCAGGUGUCUUAGCGAUUUUGAAAUUCAUGAAAGUCAGGGAAGUAAGGAUAAUAAUAAAAAAUUUUGUUCUGAUAUUAUGUAUAAAAAUUUAGAAACAGAAAAUGGAAAUGAUAUUAAUAUAAUCUGCCCUUCUAUAAGUAAGAAACCUAGUUUUUAUUCUUUAAAAAAUGAUAAAAAAAUUAAGUAUGAUGUAUUUAAUAGACCUGUAUAUAUAACAGAUAAGAACAGCAUAUGUAAGCGAGAAACAGAGGAACAGUCAUAUGAAACUGAGGAUAAAAAUAACAUAUUUAGUAAAAGAAAAAAAAUUUUCCUUAAUAUGAAAAAUAAAUUUAUUAAACUUAAAAAUAAGAAUAAAAAUAUCUUCUUUAAAGAUGCAUUAAAAAAUUUAGUUAAUAAACCUAAUAUCAAUUUUAAUUAUGAAUGUGAUGAAGAAAAAAAGAAUAGUUUUAAAAAAAAUAGUUACAUUGUGAAUAAUAGUGAACCGGAUGAAUAUCUAACUGAGGUUAAAAAAAGAACAUACCUUACGAAUACUUUAGAAAGAAAUAAUGAUAAAUGUUAUAAUUCAUUAGACGAAUUUAGCUAUUUUGAUAAUUCAUCGAAAAAAAAAAUUAAUGCGUUAAAAAAGCAAAAGGAAAGUGAAGUUAUUGAUGCUAAUUUCAAAAACGAAAGAAGUCUUGUUAAUAAGUUCAAUACAUCAAAUUAUAGAAAUGAUAUAAUCAGUAAUAACAAAAAUAAGGAUCAAAAUAUAUAUCAUAAAGGAUUCGAUAAAAAAAAAAACUCUGCUUCGAAUCUAAUUGGUGAACAUGAGGACAAAUGUUUAUACAAAACGUUAAUACGAAAUAAGUCUAAAGGCAACAGUAAACUAUUAUAUAAUAAAAAUUGUAGUAAUGAUCGUGCUAAUAAUCAUAAUAAUGAUUGCAUUAACGACCGCGGUAACUAUGGCGGUAUCGAUCCUUGUAAGGGUCGUGGCAAAGAUUGUAGUAAUGAUAGGAACAACCUUUGUGCGAAGGAUAAACGUGAAUUGACAAAAUAUGUUAAUACGAAUAUUUUAAAAAAAAAGAAGAAGAGAGAGAAACAUGCUAUAACCAUCAUGAUAAAUAACUGCAAUAAAUUUUUAUUGAAUAAAAAAUAUUAUUAUAAUUCUGUAGAAAAAGAUAAUUCAUUGCUUAAGUUUUACUACAAUUUCUUAAUGUUUAUGGUUAAUUAUUUUUUAAUUUUUACUAUUUCAUAUAUAUAUAUUAACAACAUAUAUAACUUAUUUAUAUGCUCCAAACACCUCCAUGUAAAGGGUAAAAAAAAAGAAAGGAAAAGAAACGGAGAUUUUAAUCAUAUUGUCAGAAUAAUAUAUAAUAAGAAUGUUUUUUCUGCUAAUGCUCACACAUUACAUACAAGUAAAAACAAAAAUAUAUGCAUGAAAAAAAAUAUUUUUGCACAAAUAUUUGUUCAAAAUAAAAAGCAAAGUGUUAAAACAAGUGAGAAAUGUGAUCAGGAGGAGGAAGAAGAAUCAACUGAUAGUAAACAAAUGAAUAAAAGUGAAAUAAGGCAUAAUUUUUCUCCAAAUAGAUAUUAUGAAGAAAUUAAGGAUAAAAAAAAUAUUCUCAGUAUGUAUAAAAAUGCAAAAAGCAAUAUAAAAAUAUUUAUGUCCAAGCACAUGAUUCUUAAUCUCUAUUUAGAAAAGUUUUUAAAUCUUUUUAAUCAUAAAAAUUUUAACUUGACAAAGAUUGUCAUUUCGCUUUUGGGGUACAUUUCAAUUUUAUUGCUUCCAAUAAAAUUCCACCAUUUGGUUAUUGUAAAAUUGUUGCAUAUGUAUUAUAAGGGUUACUUUAGAAGAUAUUACAAAAAUAUCGUCUUAAACAGCAUCUUGGAAAAUAUUAAAAACAUUAGAAUGAACUUGAAGUUAUAUAAACCUAUUUGCUCCUUAAAUGAGGAAGAGUACUGUGCAUUAAUUGAAGAAAUUAACAAAACGUGCAAUCAAUGUUUAAAUAUAUCACAAUUUAAGGAUAUUAUUGAUGAAUACGACUUGGCAAAUGCUAUUAUGAAGAAUUUAAAAGAAAUUUCAGAAAUGAAAAAAAUAAUAAAACAUGAGUGGAACCACAACCUUUUAAAUAAUUCACCACAUGAUAAUACAAGUGUUAUUAAUCUGCGGUGUAAUACAUUAUAUUGA